UCAUCAGCCGUGGGUGUAGCUCCACCAUUAACUGCUGAACAUUGGCUCACUGGCUCCAAGGAAACCAGCAGUGCUUCCCUGGUGCCAUUCAUACUGGAAACCAAGCAGGAACUUCCCAGAUGUUAAAAUUUUGACCUGCUAACGUGAUGUGGACCUGAGAUGAAGAUCUCACUUAUUCCUGUUAAAAUCUGAAGAUUAGAUUAUGCAACCUCUGAUCACCUCUAUGACCUGAAUCGUCCAGAAAGGCCUUAGGGAAACCAAACCAGCUUGACGUAAAAGCAGAGCACCAAUGAUCUCAGCCAGAAAAGAGAGCUUGCCCUCUCCCAGCCUUGAGGACUCCUUCUUCCCUUUCUCCUCAUCAACUCCCUCCUCCAGGCAUCGCAUCAUGGGCCGAGGGAUCGGACCAGAUGACCUCCUGACCUCCCCCAAGGGCGACAGUAGCUCUACCAUGCUGGAGAAGGACCUGAUCCUAGCUGCUGAAGUGGGACAGGCUCUUCUGGAGAGAAAUGAGGAGCUGGAAGCUCAGCUGGAGCAAAUGAAGAAAGACAUGGAGGCUUUACAACAGGAGAAACACACACUGCAGCGGCACCUGGAGGUGCGGGAGCUGGAGGCAGGGCAGAGGGAGGCGGAGCUACAGACUGACCUUGUAUCACUACGUGAGCAGCUGGAUCAGAGGCAUAGUCAGGGUCGUGAUCGCCGCAAAGAGGAGAGUGAACAGCUGUCCCAGCUGUCGGCUCACAACCAGAAACUGGUGGAGCAGCUGGCAGAGGCAGUUUCUUUGGAGCACUCAUUACGUAUUGAGCUGCGCUCUCUGAGAGAGGAGAUGGAGGACACGAGUUUCAGCAGAUCAAUAAGCUCUGCUCGCCUGGACAGUCUGCAAGCAGAGAACAGAGUCCUUCAGGAGCGCUUUUCUAACAUGGACCAGCGGCUGAACUCAUCACAGGACGACAACGAGAGGCUGAGGACAGAAAGAGAUGGACUCCGAGAGAGAGUCAUCGAACUGCAGACAAAUCUGAAGGAAAAAGAGACUGAGCUGGAGCAGGAGCACAGUGUGGUAUUUCAGCUGCGCACCAUGAAUCGGAGUCUCCAGCAGAAGGUGGAGGCUCUGGGGGAGGAGGCCAGUCUUGGGGAGACCACAUGCUUCCCCCUGUCCCUCCAGAAUGAGCUCCAGCAGUCUCAGGCCAAAGAAACCAUCAUGGCCCACUCAGCAAUCCUGCAGGAACAGGAGGAGGAGAUUCAAAGGCUAAAGAAAGAGCUGGAGAUUAAUCAAGCCGAAUUAGAAAAACUGAGAGAAGAACUGAAGCCGUUUACAAGCUCUCCUGACAAACCAACAUAUAGUGCCUUGGAGGAGGAGAUCAUUUUGGCCAGACAAGAACGUGACUCGCUUAACCAGCAGCUUCUGAACACCAUUAAACACAAGGUGGCACUGUCUCAGGAAGUUGAGUCAUGGCAGGAGGACAUGCGUCUAGUCAUAUGUCAACAGGUGCAGCUUCAAGAACAAGAGAGGAAAAGGGAGCUGGAGAAAGAAAAAACACCAUCGCCGCUGCAAAGAGGCACUCGCACAAGCAAAUCCCUGCGUUUACCGAGAGAGGAGGGCAAGAAGAGCUUCUUCUCUACUCUAUUUGGUGGAGAAAGUUGAGUGUAAAAAAAAGAAAAGGAAAGGAAAGGAAAGCAAAUCUUCUUUAAGAGCAUUUUCCUUCAAUUUGUAAAUAUUAGUGUUUUCCAACAGUGUAAAUAAGAUGAAUGUGGACUAAAUAUAAUAUAUUUUGGCAUGGGAUUUGGCAUGCAUUUCUCAUAUUUCAUAUUUAUUUUAUUACAGCCAGCAAAGAGUCCAUUAUCAACAAUGAUGACAAAAAAUGUUAAAUGUAAAAGUAAAUGUACUUUAAUCAUCUUAUGACAUGAUACACUGAUUUCAAAGUGAGGUAGUAGUUGAUUCAAUAAUUGUGACACUUUAUAGCACCCAACAUUUUAUACAUGUGUUUCACUGCCAAAUGUUUGUUCCCAAUAUAAAAGUUUCUCGUUCACACA